UUUAACCCCUUUACCAUUACACAUAUGGAAGCAUCAGCCGAAGUUACCACCAGGAAGGACUCUGACAGGCGAGCCCAUGCUGAAGAGGUGGCUUAUACCCACAACCCAGCCACCCCCAAUCUUCCAAUCCAAGAGAACCAAAACAGCCGUAACCAUGCCCCCAUAAAGCCCAAGGCGAACACCAGCAUCCUAAACCGCAAUUAAGAUGAAAAUCCCAGCUGGAAAAAUAGCUAUGCAGACUUUACACAGAAGAAGGAAAAGCAAGAAUUUGUUCAAGAAGGAAUUUAAGUUGAAGAAGGAACUUCUUAAGAAUUUUAAUGCAGUGGUUGGAGGGUGAAAGAGGAAGAAAGCCAGUGGGAGGGAUAGGCAGGGGGCUAGGAAGAGUGAUUUGAAGCAUAAUAGGUCUGUUACGGAGAUGAAUCAGAGUAGUAAUAUUAGGCUUUAUAGGAAGACGAAUAGUAGAUUUUCUUCUCUACAUCAGAGUAUUAAUGAGACUUAUUCGAAUAGAAACUUUAAAAAGUCAGGGAGUGGUGUUUUUGCACAUCCCUCUGCAGGUCCUGGAUCUUAUAAUCUUCCAGGGUUGUUAGGAAGUAUCUCGAUGGAUGCGAAUAAGAAGAACCAUCCAGCAUAUUCUAUUGGUACUCAGAGUAAGAAAAAGCUGCUAAUUUUAUGCAAGGAUCAAGCUCAUGCUGUUAAAGGACAGUCAUCCCCAGGUGUAGGAAAAUACUCAGGAGACAUCAACAAGAUUAAAGAGAGAUCUCCAAAUGCUACUAUUGGCAGAGAACAUCGAUUCCUAUCAGAUAAAGAUCGAUCUAAGCUCAAUAACUCAGUCCAUUGAUACGACUCUCCUGAUAGAGACAGCAUCAAAAUUAAUGGAAAUAAGACAAAUGGAUUUACUAAAGAAACUAGAUUUUUAGAAAUGAACAGAAGCCUGAAUGAAAAGAAAAAUAUGCCAAGCAGCCAGAGCUAUAAUCACUCACAUUACGGAUCGAUAAAAGAGAGGUCUGAGAAGAUUGUGCCUCAUUCUAGAAAUGAGAACACCAAUCAAUCACUGGAUAAAUUUGCGAUUAAGACUUAUUUCAAAGAGCUAGAGCGAGGAUACUGUAAUAAAGAAGGACCAGGCCCAGCUGCAUAUUCAACAGGAGCUAGAAAUACUCUAUCCAACUUUAGGAAGUCCUUUGAUGGCAGUUUUACAAAGGCUAAGAGAAAUAUCAGCAGGUAUAGAAGUAAGAGAUCCCCCGGUCCUUCAGAUUACGAUACCAAGACAGCUUAUAAAAACCUCAACUCCAUAGUAGGAGCUGGGACUAUUGGAAAGAGUAGGAGGAACAUCGAUGUGACACUGAUGACCUCUCUGCAUGCCAAGGAUUUCUUUAAAAAAUAUUAAGCCAUCACCUCUAUUACUGACUAAAGAAAAGUAGUUUCGGCUCAAUGUAAUUCAGUUUUAAAGCGAU